CGCCUCUAUCUAUUUCCAGCUCCUGAUCGCCUUCUGCUACCACGCAUCCUACGCAAGCGUCUCAGCAGCUCGUCUCAGGUUCUCUUACUCGGCACCAGAUAGACAGCUGGACCAGGUUGCCACGUUUGCCCGCCAGGUCCUUGUUCUGCUAGUUCUGUUAGGCUCGUGUUUGCACCUCGCAGCCUCCCGCACGUCUACGCCCGCAGCGCACAUCCGAAAGACGUCGACCGAAUCAGCGUCGCGAACAGCGGUCUGAAGCCUCGUAGCCUGCAGGGGCCGCAGUCAGGUCACAUUGUGGUUUCGCCGCCUUUGGACCAAUUGCCGUGCGAGACGAGUAGGCAGCCCGUAAGCGCUGACGCACAGACGAAAUCUGCUACGCGCCUUCCAGAGCACCCGCAUAUUUUUAGCAGGAACGACCCAUACGCCGGCCAACAACAACUCCGCGUCUGGCUAGCCGUCCAGUACGUACAAUAAACACAUACACGUCCCCGGCGCCAAAGGACACCUGAUUUACUGCCGGCCUGCCUCGCUCUCUCAACCUUCCACCUUCACCCCGUGGAAGCAGGCACUGCGCAGCUCCAGCUUCGACAAGGAACCCAGUCACUCGUUCAGAGCACGGCAUCCCUCGACAUCAUGGCCACCACCGAUGCCAAACCCGUCUUGUCCACCCUCAAGACUCCUCUGUCUGCCACCUACCCCUCGGAACUCCGCUCGCCCAUGGUUCACUCGGCCACGACUCCCAUCUUUGCCAACAUCAAACGGGAGGACUCGGAUCUCAAGACGCCCAUUACCCCACCAACAGCUUACCUGGAAUUCCUCAAGAACCUGUCCCCCGUUCUAACGAGCCCCAUGUCCACUGGCACCAGUUCGCGAUUUGUUUUCGAGGGGAGCCGGCCAGUCUCAGUGACAUCAGCAGCAUCCAGCGCGUCCUUUACAUCAACUUCUGCUCCCGCCGACAAGGAUUCACCAGCGACAUCGAGGUCGAGCAGCUGCAGCCGAUGCGACCCUGCCAAGGAUGAGCCGCCUAUGUCUGCACCUCCUACCAAGCUCCAGAUGGUCUCCAUUCCCCCACCAUCGCCAUUUAAGCGGCCACAGUCUGCGCGGACUCCCCGCCUGUACAUUCCUCAGUCACCCUACUCACCAGCUGGCGUCCGAUCACCCGCCAGCGCCAAAUCAGUCCACUCACCAUUCUCAGCUGCUUCACCGAAGACCUGGGACCUGGACAAGAAGACUGGCCGAUCAAGGCGCGUGAGCGUGCGCGAGGUUGUAACUCGAACAGUGACUUACCACACCACACCGGUCGAUGCGAAAGCACCAAGCUUUCCUCAAAUCGACCCCGCACCGCGCGGCAAGCGAAGAAAGAUUGAAGAGUGA